UGUUUGGUAACAUUACUAAGCGUCCCAAAUAAAAGGCCUUCAAUUUAAAGCAACCAAUUCUGAAGGUUCAAGUUUGGCGAUUGUUCUCCUUCAAGGAGUGCAGCUCAUGCGCGAAAGAAAUUUGAUACAGACAAUGGCGAAUUCAGAUUUCAGAACCAUGUAAUUGAACGUUCAAGCGGCUACGAGAAGAAGAGAAACGGCAGCGAAUCGGUGGUUUUUAGGGUUUCUUUCUGGGUUGCAUGUGCUGAAAAAUACUGCAGAAAGAUCAAAGCAGCAAUUUCUGUUUCUGGAGCUCGUUCUUGUUUUCCAGUUGUAGAAUUCUCCCUUUGGAACCGGAGAUGUGUGAUGCGAUGGAGGAACAGGAAUCUGCACAAGAUAUUCCAGUUGCUUUAGGUGAAGGCAACCAAGUUAUUUCUAAAGAUGAGCUCCAUGAUUCUCUCCCUUUGCCAGCUGAGGCAACUCCGAACUCUUGUGAAAAUAAGAUCGAUUCACCUGAAACUCAUGUACAGGAAGUCGUACCUCCGGAGGAUAAUUUAGAUAAAUCUACGAUUCCUCAGCAAUCAAAUCAAGAUUCUGCGAAUUCACUUCCCAAUCACGACCAAGAAUUGGUUAAGCCUGAUGCAGAACCUGCUUCUGAUGUCAAGACUGGGCCUGAUGAGUUGCCCCCAAGGGAGUUGGGUCUAGAUGCUGCUACUUCCAACACUCACCUGGAAACCGUACAUUCCUCCUUGGAUGCUGAGGCCUUUGGGAUGCCUGAAACUAAAACAGGUUCUCUUGAUGAUGCUUCAACAGCCAAUCAUGAUGAACCUGUAACUCCCCAUCCCGUCUCAUCAUGUAUUAAAGCUGAAACAGAGAAUGCCAUAGAAUUGAAGGUCAAUGAAGACAACGUUGCUACACCUCACAAUGGGCAUUCAAAUACGAAUCACUCGUUUAUUUUGGAUGAAAAUCAAAUUGCUGAAGGUAGUGAAUCAGGAACAGAAGAAGAGCAAUCUGCUUUCAUGAAGGAGCUUGAGAAUUUCUUCAGAGAAAGAGGCAUGGAAUUCAAGCCUCCCAAGUUUUAUGGAGAAGGACUGAAUUGCCUCAAGUUAUGGAGGGCUGUGACUAGAUUGGGGGGCUAUGACAAGGUGACUGCAUGCAAGUUGUGGCGGCAAGUGGGAGAGUCUUUCAAGCCCCCGAAGACAUGUACAACAGUUUCAUGGACAUUUCGAGGAUUUUAUGAGAAGGCUGUCCUUGAUUACGAGAGGCAUAAAACCCAUGGUGGCGAACUUAGGGUACCUAUUGCUUCCAACUCAGAACCUAUGAGCAUCGAAAACCAGGGAUCAGGAUCAGGUAGAGCACGAAGAGAUGCUGCUGCACGUGCCAUGCAGGGUUGGCACUCGCAACGUCUUCUGGGAAAUGGUGAAGUUAGUGACCCUAUUAUCAAGGAUAAGAACUCACCUUCAAUGCAGAAAAAGGAAAAACAACUCAAAGGCAUUGGUGGAAUUCUUAAACGUAAGAAACCGUCUUACAUGGAGCAUACUGUGAAAUCAGCACGAACAAAAUCAUCAAAACCACAGUUGGAUGUAGCAGUAGUUGAUAUUGGACAACCAGCUGAUUGGGUCAAGGUCAAUGUGCAGAAAACUAAAGAUUGUUAUGAGGUCUAUGCAUUAGUCCCCGGACUACUUCGUGAGGAGGUGCGCGUUCAGUCCGAUCCAGCAGGACGCUUGGUUAUUAGUGGUGAACCUGAACAUCCUGAUAAUCCAUGGGGAGUCACGCCCUUUAAAAAGGUGGUCAGCCUACCGUCAAGGAUUGAUCCACAUCAGACUUCUGCCGUUGUCACCUUACAUGGGCAGUUGUUUGUUCGCGUUCCAUUUGAACAACUGGAAUGAAGGUGCUACACCCACCUGAAGCUGCAUGUUCAAACCAAGCUUUAGUUCGAUAUGUUAGCCUGUUUUAUAAUGUUAAUACCGUCAGACUGUUAAAAAAACCAUAGCCAGGGCAGGAACCAUGAUUUUGAUUGUAAGAUAUUUGGUAGUGGAUAGAUUAGCAUCCAAGAGCUAUUACUGUAAUCUUAUGUCAAAUCCCUUUGUAAUCUGUGGUAGCAAGUUCAUAAAUCAGCUGACAAAUUUAGCUUUGCCCCUUGUGUACGUAGUGUUGAUAAAUUUGCCCGCU